AUGAGGCCCCAUUUUUGGUACCCGAGCGACGUUCCCAUUUCUACAGUACAUUCAUUGUCUUAGGUCUGCAUCAGUGGAGAACACAUGUCUCAUCGCAGUUCUUCGGGGUCUCCGAAAGUGGCUCGACAGCAGCCGGUUACGGAAGACUCGAUCAAGUUUCUUGAACAUCAUUUGGAGCGGCGACAUGUUGCCAAACGAGCGUGCUUAGCAUGUCGAGAGAAGAAAAUUAAAUGUGACGGCGAACUGCAAUCUGACGAGUCAGGUAACAAAAGUUAUGGCAAGUGCUCCAAUUGUGCCUCAUCGGGCACCGAGUGCGUAUUUGUUCCCAGCAAGAGAGGUGGCCGAAGACGAAAGAACUUUUCAGUGGAUUCCGCCACCACUCAAUCUCACGACUACUCGUCAUUCGCAAACGACCAGUCUCUGAAACGUCAACAUUUCGAUCCCGAGCGACGGUUUGAAACCGAAAGUGCUCCCAGCAUGUUCACCUCCGACGCUGAAGAAUCCUUUCGACCCGCUCACCACCAGCCUCCGCCGGGUAAGUUUGGCUCCAAAUAUCUGCCACCUCCGUUUGCCGGAUACGACGACCCCGGCAAGUGGGCUGGCUCAAAAGAGCCGCGCUAUGGCAAGUAUCCGUCUAAGGACAUGCCUUACUCCGAGCCCUACUUUUACUACGGCCAUCCUCCUGAUCCUCCGCCGCCGGGUCCACAUCUUCCAAACCACGGUCCACCCUUGCUACGGCGUCUUGAGCCCCCAUCUCUUCCUCCGCCGCCCCCAGGGGCAUUCUCUUCAUACCAUCCUCCGUUCCAUCGUAUGCAUCGCCACUGUCACCAUCAUCGCCAUCCGCGUCACCAUCACCACCACCAUCAUCCAGAUCAUUAUUUCGAUUCGCACAGGGUUCCUUACGGGUUCUAUCCGCCGCCUUCACCUGGAAGACGCUCGUCCUUGUCAUAUUCAGACAGUGACAGUCGGGUUUCAGGAUCCAUGGCGGAGGAAUUGACAGGGAAAAGCACGUUGCUACCUCCUUUGAACCACGCUGUUGGACCACACAGCGUGGACGAAAAUUCGGGGGGAAUUACGGAGGACUGGGUUAAUAGACAGAAACAGAUACAGGGUCGGUAUCCUCGUGAAGACGAGAUGUCCAUCACAAGUGCGCCAACCAUUUCUGGUGGCCAAACCUCGAAACACCCAAAAUACACCAAGUCUGAACUUGAAAAAUAUGGGCUACCACCGUGGAACGUCAUAUAUACAAUGGUACAGCUGUUUUACAGGUACGUCCACUUAUCUUACCAGGUGCUGCCAAACUUGAAGGAUUUUUUGGAAAGAUUCUUUCUAACAGACGAGAAUGUUGCCAUUUUAAGUGCAAUGUUUGAGAUGACUGUCCGAUAUAUUAAUCCGAAUGAAAUUGAGGACAAAAAGUUUCUUGAUGAGAGUUACUGGCUGCACAAUUACUACAAAUAUCGCCACAACCUGUCAGUAGAGGCAGAGCUAUUGAUAUUGACCAUGACCUGCACCUCUGGCGAGGACGAUCAAUUGCAUCGCUGUUUCCGUUUGAUAAAAAGUUCUGGAUAUCUAGACGUGCUGAAGCGGAAGUCGCAAGCCGACUACAACGAAAUGCUUGAUAUUUCAACAGAUCGCCAGCUUAAAGACCGUGAGCUGCUGAUCCGAUGCGUAUGGAACGUGUACAAGUUUCAAACAUACCGACGGGCCAACUAUGGCUAUCCGUACCAUAAACACGGGUUUUUCAAGCUGCCUGAACAACUGGAGCUACCUCUGGAUGAUAUCGUUUACUAUAGAGAGUCUGCUUCCUUGGAGUCCUUUAAAUCCGCUUUUAAAAAAGCUUACUACUCAGACUCUAUCAACCUGAACGAUCCUGCCAGUGACAAUAUGCCUGACUCCAUGAUGCUAAUUCUAUCGUGUCAUUAUAUGGACGAGGUGAUGGACAAUGUUGCUGAAAACGCCUUAUUGACCGAAAACGUCAUCAAACUGGAUUCGCAGUUACAGAAGAUGGCAUCGCUUCCUAAUUUCCGUCCUUAUACUAUAGAGAAUAACCGUUUGUUGAUUGAUGCCACCGUCCUGCUAUCAUGCUUCGUGAACAAGCUCUCUGUUAUCAUCCUGCACUCCUCGAUUUGCUGGUCAUUGCUUCCGCUGCAUCCAAAGGACUCUAGACAGUGCCCAAAUCAAGUUUCCCUAAUGAACGACUUUCCUUCUCCACUUCCAGAUGCCUCUCAACUUGCUUCUCCUACAGAUUUUCGUCAAUGGAAAUCUUUUGUCGCUUGUCUCCGGGCUGCCUACGAUAUCGCCUCGUUGGUGCAACUAGGUGAAGGAAUUUGCGCAGAGUCGCUGCAAUUGGACACAAUGUUCCCUGUAAGCGUGGGCCCAUGUUCUGCGGACGCAAACGAGGACUGUUUUAGCGCAGAUCCCUCGCUGCUGGCCAAGUCCAAUGUGCCACCAACAACAGAACCAUGGGUGCAGUACCCAUCGUUCUGUUCGGUGGGGGUGUGCAACUCUGUCCCAAUACUCGGCUCGGCAUUGCUUUUCCUUCGCGAACACCGAUUCCGUGUCGAAAAAAAACAAGAACGGUACGCGGCAUCUGUGUUGCGUGGAACCGAAAUACUGGCCGCAUGGGACGUGGAUGCCGAGAGCGCAGAAUUCAUCGCAGAAAAAUUGCGCGACAACUAUAUCACCAGCAAGCUUCGCCUUAUCAGCAAGUACCUUUCCGCGAUUGGGAAGUUCAGAAGUGGUGUUCGUCUGGCGGGAACUAUUACCGACGAGCUGAUAAGCCGUUUAUCGACCACCUAAUUUAAUGGCUGUGUGGCUGUAAAAAAUAACUAAAUGUCGAUUUUAG